AUGCCGGGGAGGGGGGGGGAUCCCCGGCUCCUGCGGGCCCUGAUGGGCGCCUGGUGCUUGCGCCGUCAUGUGAGUAGGGUGCUGGGGGUCCUUGGGGUGCUGGGGGACCUGGGAUGGGUGCGCGAGUUCCUCAACGAUGAGAACAAGGGGCUGGAUGUGCUGGUGAACUACCUGUCCUUCGCCCAGUGCGCCGUCAUGUUGGAUUUUGAGGGCCUGGAAGGCGGCGAGGAUGGCGCGCUGGAGAAGCUGCGCGUCUGGAGCAGGUCCAUCGAGGAUCUGCAGCACCCCAGCGCCCUGCCCGCCCCCUUCGCCAGCAGCCUCGCCCGCUCUGCCCGCCAGACCGCCCUACGGUACGUACCCGCCACGCUGGCCGGCUGCAGGGGGCCGGGUCCCCCCCUCUCUGGCUGCGCUCUCUCUCUCUCUCCUCCGCGCCCGCCUCGCCGCUCGCCCGCCGGAUGCGCCGUCCGCAACGGGGACAGCAGCAGCGACUUCAUGGUUGCCUGCAUGCAGUUCAUCAACAUCGUGGUGCACUCGGUGGAGGACAUGAACUUCCGCGUCCAUCUGCAGUACGAGUUCACCAAGCUGGGGCUGGAGGAGUUCCUGCAGAAGUCGAGGCACACGGAGAGCGAGAAGCUGCAGGUGCAGAUCCAGGCGUACCUGGACAAUGUCUUCGACGUGGGGGGGCUGCUGGAGGACGCUGAGACCAAGAACGUGGCCUGCCGGGUCCCGGGGCAUCCCCUCCCAGGGUCUGGCUUUGCCCCCGGGGAGGGACGGGUGCAAGGACCACGGCACGGGGAUGGAGUGGCCCAGGGGAUGGUGACAGCCUGGGGACCGAUGCACCGGAGUCAGGUGGCUCAGGGUGGGCACAGAACGUGUCCCCCUGCCCCGGCGGGGGCUGAGCUGGCUCCUGCCCUGCUGGCAGCCAUCCGGAUCAAGAAACCCAUCAAGACCAAGUUCCGGCUGCCCGUCUUCAACUGGACGGCGCUGAAGCCCAACCAGAUCAGCGGGACAGUGUUCAGCGAGCUGGACGACGAGCGGGUGCUGGAGGACCUCGACCUGGAGCGCUUCGAGGAGCUCUUCAAGACCAAGGCGCAGGGUCCGGCCCUCGACCUCGUCUGUGCCAAGAACAAGGCAUCGCAGAAGGCGGCCAGCAAGGUGACGCUGCUGGAAGCCAACCGUGCCAAGAACCUGGCCAUCACCCUGCGCAAGGCAGGCCGCGGCGCCGAGGAGAUCUGCAGGGCCAUCCACACGUACGUGCUGCUGCGGCGGGAGUGUGGGCUGCACGAGAACAGCGUCCUGCGUGCCUUCCUGGCCGCCAGCGAGGGCAAGCUGGAGCGGCUGCAGAAGGACGCGCGGACGGCCGAGGACGCCUACAACACCGUGGUGCGGUAUUUUGGCGAGAGUCCCAAGACGACCCCCCCGUCUGUCUUCUUCCCUGUGUUUGUCCGGUUCAUCCGCUCCUACAAGGACGCGGAGCAGGAGAACGAGACGCGGAAGAAGCAGGAGGAGGUGAUGCGGGAGAAGCUGCUGGCGCAGGAGGCUUGGAAGCAGGACCCUGCGUCUCCCUCGCAGCGGAACAAGUGGCAGCAGCAGGAGCUGAUCGCGGAGCUGCGGCGGCGCCAGGCCAAGGACCAUCGCCCCGUCUACGAGGGCAAGGACGGCACCAUCGAGGACAUCAUCACCGCCCGGUAUCCUGGUGCGAGGCUGGGUCCCGGCACAGGAUUCCAGUGCAACGUUGGGGUUCCGGCACAAGGUCUUGGCACAGGAUCCUGGUGCAAGGCUGGGUUUCCGGCACGGGGUCCUUGA